AUGGGUUUCACCGACUUCGUCUCUGAGGCUGGCCUCACCCUUGCCAACAACUACUUGGCUAGCAGGAGCUACAUCGUUGGCGAUGCUCCUUCUCAGGCCGAUGUUGUGACCUUCAAGGCCUUCUCUGGCGCUCCUGACGCUGAGAAGUACCCUCACGUUGCUCGCUGGUACAAGCACAUUGCUUCUUACGAGCCUGAGUUCUCCAGCCUCCCCGGUGAUGCCUCCAAGGCCUACACUGCCUAUGGCCCCGAGACCACCGAGCUGCCCACCAACCCCAAGGACAAGCCCGCUGCUGAGGAGGACGACGAUAUGGACCUCUUCGGCAGUGACGAGGAAGAAGAGGACCCUGAAGUCGUUGCCGCUCGCGAGGCUCGCCUUGCUGAGUACAAGAAGAAGAAGGAGGGCAAGGUUAAGCCUGCUGCCAAGUCCAUUGUGACUCUCGAGGUUAAGCCUUGGGAUGACGAGACCAACCUCGAUGAGCUCCUCGAGAACGUCAAGGCCAUUGAGAUGGACGGUCUUGUCUGGGGUGCCUACAAGUGGGUUCCCGUUGGUUUCGGUAUCAAGAAGCUCCAGAUCAACCUUGUCGUUGAGGACGAGAAGGUCUCUCUUGAUGAGCUUCAGCAGCAGAUUGAGGAGGAUGAAGACCACGUCCAGUCCACCGAUGUUGCCGCCAUGCAGAAGCUAGGCUACUCCGCCCACGAACACACGGUCCUAUACAGUAACGUGCGCGUUUCAUCAGCCUCCACCGCGCUUCCCCAUGAUAUCGUCAUCGAGGCCUUGGUCUCCCUCGUCAUCGUCUCCGCGGGACUCGUCCUAGGCGCAGAGAAACUCAAGCCGAUUAGCUGGAGCGAAUGGGCCGGGGAGAUUGAGAGGGAAGGUGGCGGUAGGAAUCCUUAUCUGCGGCUGGAGGAGCGAUACAGUUUCUGGGAUAUUAGGGCGAAGCGGAAGGAAUUCGCCGAAUGGGUUCGGGGGAAUGAUGCCUUGGAGGAAGCGAAAUAA